AUGGAUCAUGUCGUUGGUGGUAAAUUUAAGCUAGGGAGGAAGAUUGGCAGUGGAUCUUUUGGUGAGAUUUACCAUGGUAGGUUGCGGUGUUGUGUUUCCAAAUGUAUCAAGUACUUGUCUAGAGUCAUCAAACUUUAUAUCUGUGAAAGGGUAUGAAAUGUUGCUUGGCUUGAUCCAGGUGUUGACGUACAAAGUGGAGAAGAAGUCGCUAUCAAGUUGGUAUGUUGUUUGUCCUUUUAUCUUGUAUAGAAACCUUCUUCUGAAUCUGUUAACAAGGUCUCUCGAUCGAAAUGGCUAAAGUACAUAGGGAUUGAUUACCCAUGAUGCUCCUGAUGAUCUUUUUUUUUUUUUUUGACAAAUCAUUAUAAAACUUCUGUGUCCACGAAACUGGGCACAUAAUACCUUUGGCUUGUUUUGAUCUGUGAAUGGUUGUCUAAGUCGCCUGAACUUUUAGCUAGGAUGUGGGAGCAUUAAACUAGGUUCUUAUAUGUAUCCACUUAAUGACAUUAAAGUAAAAAAUGCAAAAGAAUCAUCAUGCUCUGUAAGUUGAACUUUGCACCGUUUUUUUGGUAAUGUUAUUAACAUAUAACACAUAGAAAGCUGUGGAACCCUGGAUGUGGAAUAGCCGGUGAAUAGUUUUUGGUGACCCUCGUAAACAAUUCUCUCCAAUUUGAUGACUUUGGCUUGGCUGGAAGUGAGAAAGUAUUCGAAAUGUAUAGUGGUGUUCUCAACCUUUUUAUUUCUUUCCGGUGCUUGUUUUAACAUUUAACAUUUGUGAGCUCUAAAAUCUUGGGUCUAGAAUGGAAGGUGAGGUGUUUUCUGUGGACCUCGUAAAUAUUUCUCUCCUUUUGCUCAAUUUGGCAUGUUGGAAUAAAUCCAGUCAACAAGUAUUCCAAAUUAACAGUGGUGGUCUCAAUUUUCUCAUAAUCUAAUUCUCAAAUAGGUGCAGAUGCUUUCUGGGUUGCUUCAAUAACACUACACAUAUGAAAGAGAUCGCACCGAGAGAAUGAAAAUAUUCUGAAGUCACCUGCUUGGCCAUUUUAGUCCAAACGAUUUUUUUUCCUCUCAGACAUGUAAAAUAUUCUCAAAAUUUGGUGGAUUGUCAAGACUCAGAAGCUAUCAAAUUUUCAAUUACUCUUGUCAUUACUGUAAAUAUGAACUACAGUUUGAUCUUUUAACCAUCCUUUUUAUUUUUUUUCCUUCUUCUGGGCCAUCAGUAUUUUUGCUUCUGUGUUUUUAGAAAUCCGUUGCAAAAAUUAUUCUUAUAUUAAUCGACACAUUUGCGGAUAUGAUCUACAUUGUAACCCAAGGAACAACAUUCUGAGAUCAUGCUUCAUUUUAUGUUGAUCUAUUGAUUUGGAGUUCCUCGGUAGCACGUGAUAAGCAUCUUAAUGCGUCUCUGGAUCUGGAGAAUGUUCAGUUUUUACUAUCGAUUCUCCAUGUUGGCCGAUUAACAUUUAUUGUUUAAUUAUCAGGAAUCUGUGAAGACGAAGCGUCCUCAGCUACACUAUGAAUCUAAAUUGUAUGUGCUUCUUCAGGGAGGAAGUAAGUUUCUUUCGACAAACUUUCGUUUAGUUUUUUUUCUUUGCUCAAUUAUUAGGCGUCACUCCUUUGCUGAUGGGAAAAAGUGCCGCAGUGUGGUUUUCGGGUUCCGUCUGACAAGCGCUUUUUAAGUGCAGCUGGAAUUCCUCAUCUGAAGUGGUUCGGUGUGGAAGGAGAAUGCAACAUCAUGGUUAUUGAUCUCCUUGGACCUAGCUUGGAAGACCUGUUUAACUACUGCAAUAGAAAGUUUACAUUGAAAACGGUGCUCAUGCUUGCUGAUCAGAUGGUAAAGUGAAUUGUUUCUCUUCAGCAAUGAAGAUGAACUAUUUACUUUUCUCUUCUUCUUGAGUCUACGAGUGUAGGAAUCUUUCAGCCGAAGUAAUGAAUACUUUUUCGUGCAGAUUAACCGAGUUGAGUACAUGCAUACCAGGGGAUUUCUUCACCGAGAUAUAAAACCUGACAACUUCCUUAUGGGUUUACGCCAUAGAGCUAAUCAGGUAAAUGAUUCUGAUGUGCCAGAAUUUCCACCACUUAACAAUGGCUCUUAAAACAUAGACACGGAUUCUUCGUUCUUCAUAUUUUGGUUAAAUUUUCUUCAAUCAAUGAGAGCUGUGUUGAUGCCCCCCGGGUCCUAUCCCCUCCUAGAGGGCAUUCUGGGAAUGAAAAAAACUUAAAUUGUAUGCCUUUAAUUAUCCAGUGGCUACACAAUUACCAUUAAUGGCAGUGCACCUAUAUUAGUUUUAGAGAUAUCACUUAGAAUCAGAAGUCGUCUUCAGAACUUCAAAUCGUUGCGGGUGCGCACAGAGAUGGUGGAAAAGAGGCUCCAUUCUCUCAGUAUUUAGAUACGAACCUUAAGCCUUUGGAAAAUAAAUGUCUUUUAAGCUGAUCAAUUUGCCAUAUCUGAGCUGUCUUGUGUAUAUAUCUCACUCAAAAAGUUUUUAAGACAACCAAAGGACGGCCCGCUGUCUUACUGGCAACACAAUGAGAAAAGGAGAAGAACCUAGACAGUUCCUUUAUAUAUAUGCACGAAAUUGGUAUACAGAAAAGAUAAACAAAAUAAAAUAAAUGUGAAUGUCUGCUACCAAUGACAUCAUAAGAAUAAAUAUGUACAUUGUAGUUUAUUUAAUAUGGAUUAUGUUUCACCUUGCUACGUAUUUGAUAUAUAUUUGACUGAUUUGAUGUAUUAAAAUAUCGUAUAACUUAUUUUAUCCGAUGCCAGAUAAUGUCUUUUUAUAUUAAGCCGAAAAGAAAUAUGAGGGACAUGUACUUAACCAAGAGAGUGACAUUUUCAGAUGGGUGUCUAGUGUUCAGGUUCACUGUUCAUAAACAUGCAUUUGAUUGAAUGAAUGACAUACUGAAAAAAUUGCGUCUAUGAAGACUCUUGUUUAGAUAGGCUUGGUACAUUGGUACCUAUGUGAUGCUUUGAAAGCCAUUAAUUGAUUGGUCUGACUUUUAGGCAGUAUUAAUAAUUCAAAUACUGGUAACUUUUCUUUCUUUGUAUUUUUUUAGUUUCUAUCUGUUGUGUGUUGAUUCAUUUGGUGACUAUCCAUUGUACCCAUCUGCUCCUGUUCAGAUUGAGCUGAUUUUAUAUAUUAAUAGCCAGACGGCCAGGAUUAUUUUAUAUCUUCUUAUCUAAAAUAAUGAGAUAUUUUUCCCCUGCUGUGUUUCUCUGUAUGCAGGUCUACGUUAUUGAUUAUGGCCUUGCAAAGAGGUAUAGAGAGUUCCAAACGCAUAAGCAUAUUCCCUACAGGUAAUUACUUUCAUUUUGGCUUCUGAUUAUGCGUUUUCUUAAAAAAAAAAUUUAUGUUUUAUUUUUUCAAUUACAUCGGGGUACAUCUCCAAUGUGCCGUCUUAUUUUUGUAUUGUUUCUAAGAAUCAUUCCAGUCACCAGAGAUCCAACUGAUUACACGUUUUGUGAACUCACUCUUCCUAUCUUCUGCGUAACUUGAUGUUUGCGGAAUUCUCUUGGGUAUUAUGUGGUCGUGGUGGCAUCCUUUGGAUGCAUCGUGUAGCAGAUUAAGACAUCAUUUGCGAUUACAAAUUGUUCAUUUGCGAUUUCAUUUCUUCAUCCAAGCUUUUAAGGUGGAUAUUCUCUGAAACAUUUAACAUAAACUGGGCUAGCCACGGUUUUAAUGAUUUUAAUAUCAACUGGGAUAUUCUCUGAAACAUUUAACAUCAACGUGCCUAUUUUUCUUGUCUAUCAAAUAUUUAAUUAUUAUUUUAUUUCAACUAAUAUUUAAUUAUAUUUAUAUUUAUGCCCUGCCACCUAACUAAUGUCUUGGCUACGUUAAAAACUAUCUUUUUAAAAAAUCUGGUGUGGGAUGCUGCGCCUUCUUUUUCUUUGAUUUUGUGUGAUAAGUCCGGAAUGUCAACUCUGUAGAAUCUCUGGGGAAUCAUUCAUAAAAAAUUGACCUUUAGUUUCUUUCAUGCAAUGCCUUUGUACAUUUACUCAAACAAAUAUUGUUCCAGGCAAUGCCUUGGCCGGAAUAUGCUCCAUAAUUAUAUGGUUAAAUUCAAACACUAAUCCAUUUCUUUUUAGAGUUUUGUAAAGUGUGAUAUGAUUGGUCUUGAUCUGUUAUAGUGCGCUGAUGUCAUAGUCCAAAAAAAAAGACAGCGACAAUAACUCCUGUUGACUGGGUUUCAGCUCCUGUUCUCCUUUUUAUUUGCUGAUAACUCCUUUCCAUGUGUUUGAUCAGGGCAUAAUUUAAUUUGACUAAUUGAUGGGGAUUCUCAUUUCAUCUGAGAACCAGCUCUUUCUUUUCAUUCAAUUUCUGUUCUACGAACAUUUGGAUUCUCUUCACCAUUUUUCUCUAUCGAUCAUUAGCUUGUUUUAUAUUCGCUGCAGAGAAAAUAAGAAUCUGACUGGAACAGCUCGCUAUGCAAGCAUCAACACUCAUCUCGGAGUUGGUAAGUAAGGCUCGUUCAUCAAUACUUGAUAGUUGCUCAUUUUUUGCUCUUUUAUCUUAUCCAAAGUUUGUCCUCUAACUGGGGUUAUUCUGCGAGCUCAGAACAAAGCAGAAGGGAUGAUCUUGAGUCACUUGGUUAUGUCCUCAUGUAUUUUUUAAGAGGAAGGUUUGACCUACUCACCCCCUUUGACCUCCACGCAUCCGUCUGAUUCUCUCUUUUAUUCUGGUUUCCUCUUCUAACACGUUGAAUCGCUUGGCAUUAGCCUUCCAUGGCAAGGCCUGAAGGCUGGCACCAAGAAGCAAAAAUACGACAAAAUCAGUGAAAAGAAGAGGCUCACUCCAAUAGAGGUACAGUUUACCAUCCCAAUACGCAUCACGAAAUUAUUCUAUUCUGUAAACGAAUGUCUGACUUCUGAACGCUAUGAACAGGUGCUGUGCAAAAAUCACCCGCCAGAAUUCAUAUCAUACUUCCACUACUGCAGAAAUCUGAAAUUUGAUGACAAACCCAAUUACUCAUAUCUGAAAAAGCUUUUCCGUGAUCUUUUUAUCCGAGAUGGUGAGGCAAUGAGUUGCGUUCGUGGGUUCAUCUUCUACCUCCCCCUACUUUCGUCGUUGACUUUGGUGCUGCUGCCUCUUGCAGGUUAUCAGUUUGACUAUGUGUUCGACUGGACCAUAUUGAAGUACCCACAGAUUGGAGCGGCCACUCGAACCCGGGUAUUUUCUCACAAAUUGUUCUUAAUCGACGGUCAUUCUCCCAUUCCUCUUGUUGAUCUUUUUGGUCUAUCUCUCUUCGUGUUAUCUCCUCCAGCAGCCAAGCGGCAGGGCAAGUGGAGCUCCCGGGGCAGCUGCAGAGAGAGGAGAGAGAACAUCAAUGGGGCAGGAGAUUCGGGACCGGUUCUCUGGCUCAGUUGAGGCAUUUGCUAGGAGGAACGGCUCUGGCUCUGGCCAUUACGGCGAUCAACAAGCCAAGUACAAAGUACCAAGAGAAACGCCGACAUCAUCCAAGGACGCUGUCAGUGCCAUCUCUCUGCCCUCUUCGUCGUUUAGUUUUUCUUCUGUCUAUUCUCCCCAGGCAUAUAAAAAUCCCAGAUUCCCUGUCAUAAACUUUUAUGAUCUUUCUCGACAUGAUAAUGGGCGGAAAAGGGUCAACCUAGAAUCAGGUCAAACCGUCACUGAAGGAAAGGACUAUUUUUGCCGACGUUGUCUAUGUCACCCAGCGGUCAAACAUGUUGGGCUUACUGUUAGGGGCUUGAAAACGAUGCGACUCUGACAGCAUCAAAGGUCAACGCCUACCCUGUAUAGAUUCCCUGUAGUUGGUGAAGUUCUCUCUUGUUUGUCCGUAUGAAAUUCUGCUUCAUGGGUCGGGGACGAAAGCUCUCACGGAUUAAUUAAAAGACUACCCAGUGAGUAUUCUCAGAACAAGAUGGCAUAAAGUUUCUUGGAAUCCCCAUUUUUUUUCUCCUUGUCUUCCUGCAGAUUAUUGCCAAUUCGAGGCUCUGUGUUCAUGGAAGAUCUGCUGUCUCUGAUGACGGAUUUCUCUCUUUCUUGGGCAUCUGUAGAUUGCUGAUUCUGAGAGGAACCGUGGCUCCUCGUCUCGCAACGGCAGCACCUCGAGGAGGGCGGUUGUGCCGCGCACCAGGCCGAGCUCCUCCGGCGAGCCCAGCGACCCUCAGCUCAGUCGCCCCGGCAGGCUCCUCUCGAGCAGCGGUGGCGGUGGCGGCAGCAGCAGCGGCCGCACAUUGACCACACAGAGGCCCCUCCAUCCUGGAUUUGAGCCCCGUUCGUCGUCCCUCUCGCGCACUGCUGGUGGGAGGAUCUCCAGGGACGACCCUGCCCGGAGCUUCGAGCUCCUCUCAAUCAGCACCGACAAGCGCAAGUGA